AUGUCUUCAGUAGCCAAGGAUAACGCGUUUGCUGCCGGGGUCCCGGUGUACGACUCCGCAGGCAAUGGCUGGCUCAAGCUCCGGGGAGGAGACCCUAACCAACGGUACUACAUAGCCAGCAAUGGCCACAUAUACCCCGAGCGCACCGACGCCACCAGCGGUGGCAACCAGAAGACCGGCGGCACCAGCAGCGGCAACCAGAAGACCGGCGGUACCAGCGGCGGCAACCAGAAGACCGGCGGCACCAGCGGCGGCAACCAGAAGACCGGCGGUACCAGCGGCGGCAACAAGAACAUUAGCACCGGCGGCGGUGGCCAGAAGUAG